AUGUCCCACCUCGACUGGCCAAUCCCCACAGGCUUCGGCCAAGCAGCGCUAGCCUCCCACGCCUACAACCAGGUCGUCCGCGUCGAUAAUAUCCUGCAUAUUUCCGGACAAGGCGGCUGGGACCAAACAACCCUGCACCUCACCCCCUCAGCCCCCGCCCAAAUCGACCAGGCCUUCGCAAACGUCGAGCACGUGCUCCGCGCGGCGGGCGGGAAGGGCUGGAGCCAGGUGUUCAAAGUGCGGAGCUACCAUUUACGUCUUGACAGCGAGGCGCAGGAGGCUAUGGUGCGGAACUUCCAGACAUGGAUGCCCGGGCAUAAGGCGCUGUGGACGUGCGUGCAGGUUGGGAGGCUCGGGAGUGACGAAAUGGAGGUUGAGAUUGAGGUUGAGGCGCAUGAUCCGCGGCCGGAGGGGGUGAAGGAGUUGGAUGCUUAG